GAUGAUAUUGACUGCAGUUAAUUCCACUGUGAUGGCUGGCGUAUCUGCAGACCCAGCUAGGAUGCAGAUAGAAGCACAGCCUGUCAGACUGGGGCAACGUUGGUGUUGUUCAAGAGGAUGUUCCAGAAAAUACCUGCGUCUCAGUGAGGCUGGCAGAACACUGAGUAUCUAAGGACUUAGAGUACCUAGUUAUGGAAUCAGUUUAUUUAAUUCUCACAAAAACUCAUACAGAAUAGAUAGUAUAUUUUGUUAUCAACCCCUACCAAUGAGAGGACUAAGAAUCAAGAUAUGUUAAGUAAUUCACUCCUUCCACAGAGCUAACGAGAAACCCAUCAUUUAAAUCCAGAUCUAGCUACUUCCAAGUUCCUACCUUCUCAACUACACCAGUAGUUCUCAACCAGACCUCCUCAGUACUAAAUUUCAGGAAGCACCAUUCACAUCACAGGCUAUGUAGAUAUUAAAAUUGUGCAGUACACAACCUGUGCAGCUAUACAUGACAUCCCUGAUUGAAAACCUACCAACUUAAUAGCAUCAUUUUCCCAAGUGCAAUUAAACCCAAGCAAAAUAAUACAUGGCAAGGGCUGAAAAGCACUUCACCAUGCAGAAAUUCAACUUCAGCUUGGCUGUGUAUAGAAGAAUAGCUUUUCUCUCCACUUUGGCCUUCUGUUUACCCCAGUCACCACAUUUUUUCCUUUAUUCAACCCCUGUGUAUUGUUCUGUACUCAUUUAACAUCCUGGUGUACAGAGAAGCUCAAGAUACAAGCAGAAACCAGUUUAAAGAGAUUGCUAGGAUGCUGCAUGACUCCUGUGUCCAGGGACAGCCCAGAUUAAGACUUUCACUUAAAUGGGAUUCCAUGCAGCCAGAUGCAAUAUUUUAAAGUCAUUGCUGAAUCAAUCACAGCCUACAUUUUGCUUCUGUCUAGCAAAGUUCAAAGUGAAAGGAAGGGGCUAGCAAACUACAAGGGAUGGUUGCAGAAGCAACAUCCCCCUCUGUGUCUGUCUCAUUCCUCUUCACAAGCAAAUUAUAAGAGGAAUUCCCCAUGGGAUAACACAGUGCAGCCUCCUAGACUUGUCAUGAUGUCUCCUUCCCUCCAUGGUUCACCUUGUCCUUGUGGCUCCUUAUACUCCACCCGGUGUGAAAUAUUUGGCCGCCACCCUCCCCCCACCAAGCUGCCGGACCCGGCAUGAUGACACCCCCACGGCAUCACGUGGGGUGCUCUCUGUGCAGUAAGCUGUGCUUCUCCUGCUUCGGUGAUGAUUCUGGUAGCCUGGGACCAUGGUGAAAUGUGGACUCUGCUGAGGGGCCUGAGACUCUGCAUUUCCCAAAGUUCCCAGACAAGGUCAAUGCUCCAGGUUGGUGAUCACACUUUCAUCAGCUAGGAGCAAGAACAGUGGUUCUCAAACUUCAGCGGGCACCAGAAUGGCCUGGAGGCUAUGGAAACACUGGUUCCAGGGAGGACCCACCCCAGGCUUUCCAGUUCAAAAUAUUCCAGAAGCAGUUCUGAUGUUUGUUCCCUCCCGUUUUUGGCCAAGAUCUGCCAGAGGAUUAAAUUAGCUAUAAAAAAUUCUGUGCCAUUCAAAGAUGUCGAUUCAGACAAAUACAGUGUUUUCCCAACGCUGAGGGGCUAUCACUGGCGAGGGAGGGAUUGCAAUGACAGCAACAAGAUGGCAUACCCCGGCAGAAGGCCGGAAAACUGGGAUGUACAUGAGGAUUCAAACUGUAAUGGCAUUUGGGGUGUUGAUCCAAAAGAUGGAAUUCCAUAUGAGAAGAAGUUCUGUGAAGGUUCGCAGCCCAGGGGAAUCAUUUUGCUGGGAGACUCAGCUGGGGCUCAUUUUCACAUCUCUCCCGAAUGGAUCACAGCUUCACAGAUGUCUUUGAAAUCCUUCAUCAAUUUACCAACAGCUCUUACCAAUGAGCUCAAUUGGCCCCAAAUCUCUGGUGUUACUGGUUUUCUGGACUCCACUAGUGGAAUUAAAGAAAGUUCUCUUUACCUUCGCUUAUGGAAAAGAAACCGCUGCAAUCACAGAGACUACCAGAAUAUUUCAAGAAAUGGUGCAUCUUCCAAAAACCUGGAUAAAUUUAUAGAAAGUUUGUCCAGGAACCAACUGUUGGAUCAUCCGGCCAUCGUUCUAUAUGCCAUGAUUGGAAACGAUGUCUGCAGUGGGAAAGUUGACCCAGUCCCAGAAAUGACUACUCCUGAGAAAUUAUACUCCAAUAUCAUGCAGACGCUGAAGUAUCUAAAUUCCCACCUCCCAAAUGGCAGCCAUGUUAUUUUAUAUGGCUUAGCAGAUGGAACGUUUCUCUGGAAUCAUUUGCACAACAGAUAUUAUCCUCUCGGCCAGCUAAAUAAGGAUGUGACCUAUGCACAUUUCUACUCCUUCCUGAACUGUCUCCAGGUCAGCCCCUGCCGCAGCUGGAUGUCCUCCAACAAGACCCUCCGGACUCUCACUUCAGAGAGAGCAAAACAACUCUCCAAUACACUGAAAAAAAUUGCAAACAGCCAGAAAUUUACGAACUUCGAUCUUUUCUAUGCGGAUUUUGACUUCCAAGAAGUCACAGAGGAGUGGCAGAAGAGAGGAGGGCAGCCCUGGCAGCUCAUUGAACCAGUCGAUGGAUUCCACCCCAAUGAGAGAAAGACUCCUCACCAGAAGCAUGUUAAUGACAAGCCAGAGGACUGGACAACAAAACUGGCUCCUGCUAACAUCGUGGCUUUGCUGCUCUUGGCAGAUCGCUUGUGGAAGAAGGUGGAGCUUCAGUGGCCCCAUGUUCUGGGAAAGGAGAAUCCAUUCAACCCUCAGAUUGAACAGGUGUUUGGAGAUCAAGGGGGACACUGAGCGCCUUCAAAAUAUGCACCCCUAGAAACCUCAGGGAGGCAAAGACUUGGGUAAAGUCAUUCAACAAAUCGUUACAGGUCUGCCGUUUCACAGACUCAUUGGUUUCUCUUUAGCAGCAACUUUGCAAAGCGCUUUUCUCUCAUUUUGGAGUAUAUCUAAAUGACAGUGUGAUUCUGCGUGUUUCAGGGAUCAGUUCCCUGCAGUUGACCUUCAAGUAACCUUUAAUAAAGUGUUUUGGAUGCCAUUCCAAGCAA